AUGGGUAAGUUUUUUUGGUUUAUUUGGUGUGUUUAGGCUUAAAGUAGAAGUUGCUAGCAUAGUAAAAGAUGUAUCAGAGUUUUGUGGACCUGAUUAUGUUGAUUGUUUUCUCUUGGGAUUAAUUUCUCACGAAAUACAGCGUAUUAUAUGGAGAGUGUCAUGAAAAAUAUUACUUUCAUAAGCUUUUUAUGGCUUUUGCUUAAAACUAGGAAAACUUUCGUUUUUUAUAGUUUAAAAGCUUUUUUUUGUUGAUACAAACAUAACUUUUACGUUUACUUAACCGAACAACAGCUACAAAAUGAAACAUUUGUUGUUAUGCCAUUAAAUUUUGGCAAAGUCAAUGCACUGAUAUUAACAUUAUUUCCAGGAUCAAACACUGUUGAAUUUGGAAGUGGUAAAUACUACGCUUUGUGCGGUUUGGGUGGAGUAUUGUCAUGUGGUAUCACACAUACUGCUAUUGUACCAUUGGACAUGGUCAAGUGCCGAAUUCAGGUAAUAUCUUUAACUUAUUUUUAUGCUUUUAAUUUAAUUUUGGUUGCUAAAACCGCUUAAAAUCAUUUUAAAAGUGUUUAAGUUUUACUUUCGACUUAAAUUUUAGAAAAUAAGGCUUAUAUUGUAGAAGAGUACGUUGUUUAGGUGAACCCAGAAAAAUACAAGGGCAUCAUUGGUGGAUUCAGAACUAGUGUUGCUGAAGAAGGAGUACGAGGUUUAGCCAAGGGAUGGGCUCCCACUGCCAUCGGCUAUUCGCUCCAAGGUCUAGGCAAGUUCGGAUUCUACGAGCUGUUCAAAGUGGUCUACUCCGAUGCUAUUGGUCCUGCAAGUUUAUUUUUAUUACUGGGUUUUUUGAUUUCAUUACUAUUUUACGUUGACGUUUAAAAUUUCAGGAGAUGAGCUACACCUGGCGUACCUCUCUCUACCUGGCUUCCUCCGCCUCGGCCGAACUUUUCGCCGACAUUCUUCUGGCUCCAAUGGAAGCUACUAAAGUCAGAAUCCAGACCGCCGUAGGAGCUCCACCAACUCUUCGUGGCUGUGUUCCAUACAUCUACAAGAGCGAGGGCAUCAAGGGCUUCUACAAGGGUUUGCCACCACUCUGGCUGCGUCAGAUUCCUUACACGAUGAUGAAGUUCGCCUGCUUCGAAAGGACCGUGGAAUUGUUGUACAAGCACGUCGUACCAAAACCAAGAGCCGACUGCACCAAGGGAGAACAACUGAUCGUCACUUUCGUAGCUGGCUACAUCGCUGGAGUCUUCUGUGCCGUGGUAUCUCAUCCAGCCGACACUAUCGUCUCCAAGUUGAAUCAAGAUGCCAACGCUUCGGCCGGUGACAUUUUAAGAAAAUUGGGCCCAGUCGGUAGGUUUUAUGGUUAAAAAAAAUUUCGAUUAAAGUACUUUUAUAUACUUUGAGAAUAUAAUUCAUGUACUUUCAGGUGUUUGGGGAGGUUUGAUGCCGCGUAUCAUCAUGAUCGGUACCCUGACUGCCCUUCAAUGGUUCAUCUACGACUCGGUGAAGGUGGCCUUCAACCUGCCCCGCCCUCCACCACCAGAGAUGCCAGCUUCCCUCAAGGCCAAACUCGCGGCCGAAGGAAAGACCGCCUAA